AUGGCCUUGUACCUUGUGAAUCAGGAAGUUCAGGUGAAGCAAAGGUUCACGAGUGCUUCUCCCCGAUAUAACAUCAAGCUUGUUGGCGUUGUCAUUGAGGAUGCACGUGAGAGUGAAUGGUUGACACGUGUCCGGGAGAUCCAGGGGAACGACACGAGACUGGACGGUCAGCUGAUGUUGGACGCAAUCUGGAACUGGACAAGAAACGCAACCGACUUUCCGCAGAACGACGUCAUCGUUGCCUACGAAUCGUUGUCCCUCUACUCGUCUCAAGAGAACAAUUUUCCACCAGAUUUUUCCUACAACUCAACCAUAUGUAGGGAGGAUGCCAAACAUGUCAUCCUCAUCACCGUCACCGACGUCUUUGCCCUCGACAUGCUUCUAGGAGCUGAGGACGAUGGGCCACCCAACAACUGUUCGAGUGAGGAUCACUACAUCAUGGCCCGUGAUUACACCAAGUUCCACCAGCUCGGCACUAACAACCCAUACUACUUCUCCAAUUGUUCUCUCCAGUCUAUGGACCAAUACAUAGACACUUUGAUAGGAACUUCUGUGUGGUCUCGAUCCUGUUUCCUGGAGACAUUGCCAGAUAUUGACGCUCCCAACGUCACAGACGUCAUGCCAGGGGAGGUGUACGACCCAGACGAACAAUGCCGUCUCCUCUACGGCGUACAAUCAUACUACUGCUUUAAUGACGCUGGUUUAUCUCACCGUGACAUAUGCAAGCGCAUGCCGUGCUACGGUCCCUCCCAAGGCCAGUGUUUCUAUUCCUACGCAGCGGAAGGGACGACCUGCGGAAACAAAAAGUGCAAUACAAAAUUUGCAAAGGAAACUCAGAAGAAAACACAGGACCACUACUGGCCAACAAGGAUAAGUUGGACCGGCGCAGAGAACACGUUUUCUAGAAAUGAGUGUAUCCAUGGCGACCAGACUGGCGUCAACUGCGCUGUAGUUCCAAACCUACCCUACUAUUGCUAUUACUCCAAUGUUGAAUUGUGGUGUUGCCAGUCAUGUAAGGACAUCAAAGGUUCCGAUGAAGGUUGUCAGUUUGGUGAUGACGAGUAUGCUGAGCCCAGUUGUCAGUACAGCUCCUGCAACACCACCAGCGACUCCAACUUUGUCGACAACUGUUGUAAUACAUGCAGAGAUUUUCGACCCACGACGGCGGUGACAAUGACAACAGAACUGACCACAACGUCAUCGGAACCUACGACAACCAUUGAAACAACAUCAGCAGUCUCAACCAUGACGACUACAUCGGCACCAGCUGCUUCAACAAUAAUGACAACGACGCUAGCAGCUACAACCUUGAUGACGACACCAGCAGCUACAACAAAGACGACUACGACACCUGCAGCAACAACCAUAACUACAUCAACUCCAGCAGCUGCCACCAUGAUGACAAACACACAAGCAGCUACAACCAGGAUGACGACGCCUGCAGUUACAACCAGGAUGACCGCACCAACUACGACAGCUACAACCAUUGCGACUACGACAUCAGCAGCUGCACGUAUGACUACAUCAACUGCAGCACGUACAACCACGAUGACUACACCAGCAGAUACAACCGUAACGACUAAGAACCCAGCAUCUACAAGCAUUAUGACCACUACAACAACGGAGACUACAACCAUGAUGACUACAACGACAUCAAUUGCUACAACCAUGACGACUACACCAGCAGCUACAACCAUGAUGACUACGACACCUGCAGGUACAGCCAUGACAACUACACCUGCAGGUACAACCAUGAUGACUACAACAUCUGCAGCUACAACCAUGACGUCAACACCUGCAGCUACAACCAUGACGACUACACCUGCAGCUACAACCACGAUGACUACAACGGCACAUGCAGCUACAACCAUUACUACAUCAACGCCAUCAUCUGCAACCAUUACAACGACACAGACAACUACAACCAGCAUGACCACGCCUGCAGCUACAACCACAACGACUACAACAACACCAACAGCUACAACCACUAUGACCACACAAACUACUGCAUCUACAACCAUAAAGACUACAACGACACAAACAGCUACAAACGAGAUGACAACAACUGCAGCUACAACCACGAUGAGUACAACGACACAAGCAGCUACAACCACAACUACAUCGUCGCCAGAUCCAGAGUACGACCGAAGUACAAUCGUCGACGAUAUAACAACAUCCCUAAUGACAGAAACAUCCUCUCUCCUGCCUCCAUCGGCCACGACCAAAGAUAACCAGGAAAAAUCGUUCGGCACAUCCUCGCCUAGUCCCGAGAAGACAACUCUUGAAAAGACUUUCUCCAAUCUUCCUUCAACCUCAGACGAGAUGAAGAUGGCGAUUGGGCUUGGUGUCGGCCUGGGCGUGGUUGGACUUAUAGUAGUGGGUGUGGCUGUGUAUCGGCUCUGUCUGGUUGGACGGGCUAACUCUGCGGCCAUUUCAACUCCGGAAUGGACAUCACUAUCGCGUAUUUAAUACAACAUGUUUACGUUAGGACAAGGUCUCAAGACUCCAGAGCUAAGAGCCGAUUGGCAAAAGCUCAAAGAAUUGUCCAGCGAAAAAUAUUUUGCAAAUGUGUUUGACCUAUCGCUUGUCGCUGAACUAUUGCAUUUGACGGU